AGUAAAUUAGCCCCGUUGGCGUCGUUGCUCAGGAAGAUGGUGGCUAAGCAGAGAAUCCGCAUGGCCAACGAGAAACACAGCAAGAACAUCACGCAGCGAGGAAACGUAGCCAAGACGCUGGUGAGACGUUCGCUGACAGCCAGAUGCCAGCAUGACAUUAGCCCGGAUGGGUGACGUCCAGCCCGCGGCCGCAAGAGGAGAAGUACCCUGUGGGUCCCUGGUUGCUCGCCCUGUUUGUAUUUGUUGUGUGUGGAUCAGCCAUAUUUCAGAUCAUCCAGAGCAUCCGUAUGGGGAUGUGACUCAGAGGGAAGCUCUGGAACCCCGUCCUCAUGCCCUCGCUGAGCCUGUUGGCCCGCGCCUGCACACUCAACCUCCCCCCCUCCUCCAGAGACGGAUGCCAGACUGAGAGAGACGCUCGCCCCGACUGAUCCCUGCCCUUGGUCAGCGUUCACAGUGCGGUCUGUGGUUCUUGCAGCUUUUCUACGGACAGUCUAAACCUACGCCGGCUGGAGAACAUGUGUUUCAUUAACUGCUUUGGCACCUGUGUGUUUGUGCAUUACAGCGUGAGUGAGCUGGCAGGGAUUCCUGCGAACAAUGUGCCAUAUUUCUUCAUGUAACUGUUGGUGUUGUGUUCCAAGAAUGUUUUUUCUAAUAAAUGUUGAGCAAUUACUCUAAAUUCUGCUGACUGCCCACACGCCAAACUCUUCACCAGCACACGCGUGAAGACUGGAUUAGACAUGAAACAGAAUUAGAGCUACUAGCGACUAGCACACCUGGGAAAUUCAUCGUUUCUACCAAAGCGUGUCCAACUCUGCUAUGAUCAGUGAUGGAAUGUAACAAAGUCCGAAGGUGUGGAAUACUCGUUUCAUCAAUGCAUUUGCAGUGGUUGUCCUUUUUGGGGGGGCUAAAAAACACUGAUGCACUACUACCAGGAACUAGAAGUGAGCCACAUCACAGGCGAGCUUCAGACGGCAGGUUUUGGAGUCUUAUUUCCUGAUAUUUGGUCAUCCUGCCUCUGAUUGGCUAUCAGCAAUGCGACUCUACCACUGACUUGCAGAGUGGAUGUUUUAUCUCCACAAUAACACUGAAAACAAUGUGCCAUUAUCCUAUACCUGUAAUCACUGGCUUUAGAGGAAGGUCACACACAGCAAACCGCUUUCGCAACCUUCAAAGCCUCCGCUCGCUAAAACCAACCCCCCCCCCCCCCCCCCCCUUCCCGAAGACACCCACCUGUCUAUGGGACUGUGGAACUGCCAAUCAUCUGUAAACAAAGCUGACUUCAUUACUGCAUAUGCAAACCACCUGUCACUCGAUGCACUGGCUCUCACUGAGACCUGGAUCAAACCAUGUGACAAUGCUGCCCCAUCUGCUCUCUCAGUUAACCACACUUUCUCCCACACUUCUCGUGCAUCUGGCCGAGGUGGUGGAACGGGCAUGUUAAUUUCAGACAAAUGGAUAUACAGUCAGUUGCUACCCAUCACUAAACACAACUCCUUUGUAUACCGUGCCAUCCAGGUAACUGUACCGGAAAAAUUAUUGUUGGUUGUCAUAUAUCGCCAACCAGGUCAACUCGGAGACAUUCCUGAUGAACUCGACACCCUGCUCUCCUACAUUCCUGAGCACGACUGUCCCACAAUGGUCCUUGGAGACAUGAAUAUUCACCUGGACAAUCCCAGCUCAUCAGGCUUCCUGUCACUAAUGUCAUCAUUUGAUCUAAAACUAGUACAAAGUCCUCCAACUCACAAAGCUGGAAAAGCACUUGACCUCAUUUUCACCAGAAACUUUGCCAUAGACACAAUCUCGGUCACAUCGCUGCAUCUUUCCGAUCAUUACUUCAUCCAUUUCAGCACGACUCUACAAGGGAGGUCCCCUGCUUCCUCCCCAGUGGUCUCAUUCCACCGCAACCUCCACAAUCUGGCACCCAACCACUUCUCCUCUCUUGUUGCCUCCACUCUUCCAUCUCCCAGCACAUUCUCUGCUUAUGAAGUGAAUGAUGCCACCGAGUCACUCUGCUCCACACUGCUCUUGUCUUAACAACUUGUGCCCUUUAGACACUAGACCUGCUAGAUCCUCUCAGUCGCACCCUUGGCUAAAUGAUACCCUCCGGUCUCUACGCACCAAUCUUAGAGCUGCGGAACGGAAAUGUUAAAUGAUAAUGAUAAAUGACCCGCACUUGUAUAGCGCCUCUCAGAGUAAGGACUCCAAAGCGCUUUACACUACAGUGUAUCAUUCAUCCAUUCACACACUGGUGGUGAUGAGCUACGACGUAGCCACAGCUGCCCUGGGGCACACUGACGGAGGCGAGGCUGCCGAGCACAGGCACCACCGGUCCCUCCGACCACCACCAGCAGGCAAGGUGGGUUAAGUGUCUUGCCCAAGGACACAACAGCAGAAUUCUCUGUCCGGAGCCGGGAUCGAACCUGCAACCUUCCGAUUACUGGACAACCCGCUCAACCUGUUGAGCUACUGCUGCCCCAACAAAUGGUGCAAAACAAAAGAUCCUGGUGAUCAAUUGAAAUUUCAUGAAUUACUGUCCUCAUUCUCUGCCAGCAUCACUGAUGCAAAGAAAGCUUUCUACACUGACAAAAUUCUCAGUUCUACUGACUCUCAGAAACUAUUUUCAACAUUCAAAACUCUGCUCGCCCCUUGUCACGGCUGCCAGCCUGAAGAGGGAAAAAGCAGCCAGGAUCACCCAGCUCUGGUGAUUGACUGGACUGGACCCCCUCCUCCUCCUCUCUUCCAGGCUGCUGAGGAGCACAGCUGAGCUGAAUCCUCCUGAUGAGCCACACCUGGGAUAAAAAGGCUGUGCCUUCAGCAGUCUGAGAGGCAGCAGUGCAGGGGUUCUGCUGUCCUCCAGGCCUCAUUUUGUUUUCAACCCCUUCGAGUAGAAGAGUUUAAACUUUUAUAGUUUUAACUCUGAGUGAUCCAGAGGGAUCAUUUUAAGGGUUAACUCUGUGAUACAAUUUUAUUGACUUUGGUUUUAAAACACCUUCUGUUCCGGUAAAACUUUUAACAUGAGUUUUAACCAGGUGUUUUAUGUCAUGGAAUUGUUUUAGAACUUUUAUCAACUUUGUGGAUUUAGAAACACCUUCUGUUUUGGUGAAACUUUUAAUAAAACCAGGUGUUUUUAAUGUUGGUAACUGCUCUUUUAAUGUUAACCUUUUUGAGAGUAUUUUUGUUUAGCAUUAUCUUAAUAAUACUUGCCAUCUGUUUGCUUGUGUUUUUAAUACCUUUUUGUACAAAUAAACCCAUUUUAAACUCCUC